ACAAAACAAGACGCACGCGAAACACUUUUACCAGCACAACAGCACAACCAUUCUCGAAGCACACAGAAAAAUGCACACACACACUCGAGUUGUGAAUAAAUAGAAAGCUUCCACAAACAGCUGUUAUCUUGCCGAUAGUGCCUUUUGGUGGUUUAGGCAAAAAUCACAAAGAGAUAAACGAUAUUGCAAUCACUUCGCAAUAUCGCAACAAAGGGGGGGGGGGGGGGUGCACUGCGUAGGAAUGUACGGGACACAAACAAUGAACACGCACAAGACAGCCUUUUGAUUUUCUUCCUUUUCUAUAUAAAAGCUUCAAUGAGACACUUUGAAGAGAGGCCAACACGUGGUAGAAAAUACAAAACGCACCCGAAAACACUUUGCAUCCCUUUGGCGAAGGGAAAAUGUACACAAAUUUUCCACUGUUUUUAUCGUUGGUUCGCCUGCUGCGCGGUCCGUACGUCUGGCGCUCCUCAAGUCCCAACUUUGUAUGGCACCUUUUUUGACAGAAUGCCUUGCCCUUCGGACGCGAUGAGGCUGUGGUGCCGAGACCUGCCGUCGAUUGGUGUACAGGAAAAUAAACUUAAAAACUGAAAAUUUAUAAAAAUUGAGCAAAUUCAGCCUAAUAGAUAUGGGUCAUUUUAUUGUUAAUGUUGUCCUACGCUACACAGUUUUGAAAAUAAAUUUUUAUUCGAAUUUUAAAUUAAAAUGUUCAGUUCCAUGCCCUGCGGCUUUGAGAACUGAAAUCGCUGGUAUACACUCACCCGUUUUGCUCUGCGCUGUCAACCGGGAAAGGCACACGUCACAUAAAUACAACACAAAAAUCUCAAUUCCAAUCGGAAAGAUCUACGCACGGCCUCACACAUUCCUUUUUACGUGCUAAUUGCUCGCUCCGCAUCCGUGUCCAGCGGCCAAAGCCAACGCUCUCCACCAUGAAGAACCUCACGGAAGUGCUGUACAAGUUCUACGACGAGUACGCGCACAAAACGCCCAAGAAGCUGAAGAUCGUCGACGCCUACUUGCUGUACAUUCUGCUGACCGGCAUCACGCAGUUUGUUUACUGCUGCCUCGUUGGAACAUUCCCGUUCAACUCGUUCCUGGCCGGGUUCAUCAGCACGGUGAGCUGCUUCGUGCUGGGUGUGUGCCUCCGCCUGCAGUCGAACCCCCAGAACAAGGAACAGUUUUUGGGAAUCUCGCCCGAGCGUGGCUUUGCCGACUUUGUGUUUGCGCACAUAAUUUUGCACCUGGUCGUGGUCAACUUCAUCGGUUAAAAAAGAACCGCAGCCGCCGGGCUGAUGCGGUGUGCAUUUUGCGUGUGCAAUUAGGUGUUGUAAGGUGGGAUUAAACAAUUACACGAAUAAGAAUUGGUAAAUACAUGAAAGAGUGUGAGUGAACUAAA